CCUCAACUUAUCUAUAUUAAUCAGGAGGGCCAGAGGGAAUGAGGAGAGGAAAACUAUUGAGGAACUUAGGAGAAAGGGUGAAGAAGGAGGUAGGGAAUGGUAUAAAUUUUUAAGAGGAGAGGAAGGUAGUAAAGUAGACCAUGUAGAAGAGUUAGUAGUGAAUGGAAGGAGAAUUAGGGAAAGGGAGGAAAUGAUUAGAGAGAUAGAAGAGUAAUGGAAAACUAUUGGAGGAGUGAAUGAGCCAGCUAGGAACUUAGGAAACAUCACUCUAGGUAGGAAAAUAGAGGAAGGAAUGAAUGAAGAGAUCAGUAUGGAGGAGAUUGAGAGGUAUGUGAAGAAACUAAAGAUAGGUAAGGCUCCGGGUAUCGAUGGGAUUCUGAAUGAAUUUUACAGAGAGGGUGGUCGAGGAGUGAUUGAGGGGCUGCAUGAGUUGUUUGGAAGGAUCUGGAGGGAUGAAAGAGUGCCUGCAACCUGGAAUGAAAGUAGAGUGACACUUAUGCAUAAAGGAGGUAGUAAAAGUAGUAAGGAAAUUAGGAACUAUAGACCAAUAGCAGUGUGUGAUUCAGUGUGUAAGAUAUUCUGUGGUGUGUUGAAUGAAAGACUGAGUGAAGUGAUAGAAAGAAAUAGGGUAAUGGGUGAGGAACAGAAUGGGUUUAGGAAGUAUAGAAGAGGUGAGGAUAACAUGUAUGUAGUAAAUGAAGUGAUAGGGAGAGCGAGAAAGGAUGGUAGGAAGAAGUAUUUAGCUUUUCUAGACAUAGAGAAGGCUUAUGAUAGAGUAGAUAGGAGAAUGCUGUGCAAGGUAUUAGAAAAAGUUGGGGUGAGUGAGAAGAUAGUGAGAAUCAUUAGGAGUAUGUAUGAGAAUACAAGAGCGGUGUUUAGUAUGGGGGAUCUGGUGACUGGAUGGGUGAGUAAUGAGAGAGGAGUGAGACAAGGCUGCGUUCUUUCCCCUUUACUAUUUGGCCUAUAUGUGGAGGAGAUGGCAGCGAGAAUGAGGCGAACAGGAUUAGGAGUGAAAGUGGGGAAUGAUUUGCUGAGCAUUCUCCUGUAUGCAGAUGAUGUGGUGGUCCUUAGCGAGCACCAUGCAGAGCUGCAGGAUGCUGAAUGCUGUGAGUGAGUAUGGAAGGAUUUUGACGUUAGAUUCAGCCGGGAGAAGAGUAAAGUAUUAGUAGUAAAUGGGGAUGCGUUAGACAAGGACAGGACAUUGAUGUUGGGUGGGAAGGAAAUAGGAAGAACAAAGGAGUACAAGUAUCUGGGUAUUUGGCUGGAUGAAAGAGGGUGUGAAAGGACCAAGCAGGAAAGAAUAGCACGGACUAACCAAUGGGUGGGGAGGCUAGGUAGUGUAGCACGGUGCAGGGCAAAUAAGUAUGAGGUAGUUAGAGGACUAUGGAAGGGAGUAGCUAUCCCCAGCAUCAUGUAUGGUUUAGAAACAACAGUGUGGACUAGGAAAGACCUGAAUAGGCUAGAGGUGCUGCAGAACAUGACAGGCAGGAUAGCGUUAGGUGCCAACAGGUAUGUGACAGUGGAGGCGAUCAGAGGAGAUAUGGGAUGGAGUACAUUUAGAGAAAGGUUAGCUAAGGCAGUGUUGAGGUAUAGGGUUAGACUGCAGAGGAUGGAUGGGAGUAAAUGGACAAAAAAGGUGUACGAAUGGAACGUGUAUGGACAGUGGGCACAGGAGUCGUUUAAUUUAGAAAUUUGGAUGGGUGAAAUAGGAAUGCUUGUUAGAAGAACCAUAGGACAUGGAAGUGUAGAUGCGAGUAAGAGAGAAAUCAAUAGGCGUGUGGAAGAGAAAGGAAAAGCAGAGUGGAGGAGGGGGAUGAGUGAGAAGACAACGCUAGAAUGGUAUCGGAGAAAGGACCGGCCUAGGUGUGAAAGUUUUUAUGAUGGGAGCCGCGGGGGGGACCUGCUGUUCAGAGCCAGGACCAAGUCCCUGGAGGUGAACAGCAGAGUGUAUAGGUGGAAGGAUGGAGGAAGCAAGGUGUGUGAGGUAUGCGAGAGAGGUGUGGAUGAGACAGUAGAACACUUGAUGCUGGAGUGUGAAGAGUAUGGGUGUGCAAGAGACAGGAUGUUAGGUGUAGUGACAGAAGAGAUAGGAGUAGAAGCAUGUAGUGAGAUGAGAGAAAGGAAUGCUAGGGAAUGGAUGGAGUACCUGCUGGGGUUGUGUGUUGAGAGACAGGUAAAUGGUCGGGUGAUUGAGGGUGUGAAAGAUUUCUUUGAGAGUGCCUGGAGGGAACGUAUGAGAAUGAUUGAAAGGCAGGGACCCCUCAGGGACAGGGAUGGGGAUGGGGAACAGGUGCGAAUGUGAUGAAUGAUGAGGGAGGGGGGAGGGAGGGAAAGCUUUAAUGCUUCAGACUUCCUGCCCCGCUCUUCCAUUUCCAGGUGUGUAUGGGAGAACGCCGAUCCAAAGGCUACACCGACAGCAAGUGCUGGGUGACUCCCAACUCGAGCUCAAGCUCAAGAUGCAAGUACUGACGACGCCGCGAAGAGAGGACGUGUGUGACUCCGCUCCUGCUUUUUGAAGAGUUUUUUUCCUGGAUCUCGCAAGAAGUGAGUUGAAUGCUGCACCUGUACGAUUCAUGGGACAGCUGUGUGGUGGUGGUGGUGGUGGUGGUAAUGGUGGUGGGUUCAGUGCCAUGGCACCACCUCUUCACACGUUGGCCGCCGGUGUGCUAACUUCUCCCUCAGUGUGAUGGUUGUGACUCAUCUGAUGGACAUGUCUCCUGCUGUGCUCCUGUCCCUCACAGCCCUCCAUCCAGGUGGUGCCAGAUGUUGGAGAGUCGGUCAUAUAUCCCGAUACUGUGUUGCUUCAGAGCGCUGUGCCUGGUGUUCAAAGCCUCACGACUGCCGCAGCUGCCCGCACCGUGGUCCCCCACUACUACCGUCGCCCGCUGCGGAGGGACGAGCUGAGCGACCAACAUCGCCUCCAAUAGAACUCACUUCCAAAUGGCGCUGUCCUCGUUGCCAGGAGCCUGGUGUCAGUGUGUGACACGGUUGCUCAAGACGCCCACCACCAGUUCCAUCAUCGUCACUCUCUCGGCCCACGCUAUCCACGCAAGCAUCUGCUGAUGGACCAUCAGGUUCAACUGCUACCACUUCACCACCACAGGUACAAGCUCUUCGCAGCGUUGUGGAUGAAUUGAAGACUCGCUGUAACUCCCUUGAAGCGCGUCUGGACACCAUUGAAGCUCGACUGGCCAGCCUUAUCACCAAUCAAGCCAGCGUGGAGGAACGGCUCACCUUGCUGGUGGACGCACAACAAACGGUCCUCACUUCCAUCUCAGCAACACAGGAAAGGUUUGGUAAAUUAAGAGUCACGCAUUGAUUAAUUUAGCAGUGCCUUUAGUCCCUCUCGUACCGUUUCUCAGAUUACCACUCGUCCUCUCUCAGACACUCGUAAAUUAAAAAAACAUGCUCUUCGACAAUAGGGUUUCAUUAGAUAUCAUAUCUUGGAAUGCAUGUGGAAUAACCCGCCUUUGACAAGCUUGCUACCCUUCAGAGUUAUGUGUAUCGCUUCCACCCACAAGUUAUCUUCAUUCAUAGGAGGGCCUCGACACGACAGAGAGGCUCCUGUGUUGACAAGCUAUGUCUCCUAUGUCCACCACGCAAGAAAUGGGCUUAUUACUUACCUCCACUCAUCCGUACAACAUAAACUACUACGUUGUUCUACUGACGUUGACACUACUUUUCAGCUUUUUUAAUUAACUCUUGGAGCUGGUCAGAUACAAAUAUGUAAUGUUUAUUGUGCUCCUGCCGUCCUAGUCACUGCUUCUUUUUCACCACCAGCAGGUCAAGGAAUGCUUUACAUGGGUGACUUUAAUGCUCGUCAUCAGGAAUUUAGUGACGCCGCCUCAACACCUAACACCAAUGGACGCCGUCUUCUCCAGUACGUACGUAGUAACCACCUCACACGCUGGCCUACUGGUGGAGCGACGCAUGCUCGAGGAGGGACGCUCGAUCACCUCUUCACGUCUGGUCUGGCGGCAACCCGUGUCAACUGUUCUUCCAUCCCUUGUCUCUUCUCGGAUCACGUUGCCCUCAAGUUUCACUACUCUCUGCCAGCAGGUCCAGAAUCUGUCCACCAUCGUCCAUACAUAGCCUAUAUGACAGCCUAUCUUCCACAGUUUGAUCUCCGGUCUCCAGACUCGCUGUAUUCUUCACUUGUGAAAGCUACACAUGAUUUCUAUAAUCUAUAUGUUUCUAGGCCUCACAUCCAAGUGACCACAGAGAGCCUUUUCCUGGACUCUUGAUGAGUACAUUCUUCAAGCUGAGAGGACAGCAGUGGAAGCUGGUCUACGGUUCCAACAAGAUCCAACAGCUGAGAAUCUGCGCCAGUAUGAAGUCUCCAGGGAUGAAAUGGUAGGUCUCCAGAAAUGUGCGAGGACGGACUCUUGGAAGAAGCUCACUGACAACAUCAACCAUCAGACGAGUGUGGGAACCAUGUGGCAGCUGAUUAGGAGGGUCAUCAAAAUGAAGCCUGCCAGUGCGCUUCAUCACAAUCCGGGUGAGUACGCUCAGGAACUCCUUGAUGUCUGGGCUGCCCAGUCUAGUGUCAGCAGUCUCCCUGAAGAUGUCCAGGAAGCGCUUUCUGUCAGGGAAGACUACCGAGCCGUCCGUCUGAUGCAGGCAUUGCUGGACAAAGAUGAUGAUAAAGACACACUCAUCACAUAGGACGAACUGCGCCGGGCUCUUGCUAGAGGUAAAGCCACAACACCAGGGGAUGAUGGCACAACUUAUUCUGUCCUCAGAUUGCUGCAUCGAGUGCCUGGAAAUCCUCUACUGCAGCUAUAUAAUCUUUGCUACCGUCAGGGAUCUGUGUCUGCUUCCUGGACCAAGAGUACGAUCAUCCCCAUCCCCAAACCAAGUACCCACAAAUUUCAGGUCAGUUUCAUUAACAUCAUGUUUCAGCAAAGUACUGCUGCCCAGUCUCCUGUACCGGCUGGAAGAUGUACUCUCGUCUCGACUGUUCGGCUUCCUGCCACAGCGCAGCACCCGCCACUGCCUGGCUGAGCUAUACACGCGCCUCUCCUCCAGCAGUAUAGUUACCUUCAUCGACCUCAAGAGCGCGUUCGACACUGCAAACCGGGAUAUAAUUCUUGACUAGUUGGUAGAGUUUGGCAUCAAAAGGCGAGUAUUGAAGUGGAUACGGGCAUAUUUAAGCAACAGAAAGUCUCGGGUCUCAAAGAGGCCUACAGUUCCACCAAGAGUUUUAAUUUGGGGACUCUGCAGGGAGGAGUACCGAGUCCUUUUUAAUUUAACACCUGUAUGCACCGUUUGAUCUCCCUCUUGCCUGACACUCCAGGAAUUACAGUCACGUGUUAUGCCGAUGAUGUCUGCAUUCAUUCUCACUUUCCAGAUGACCUCCAGCAUUAUCUUCACUCCUUCCAUGCAGCUGCUGCGGCCAGUGGUCUUGUCAUCUCGAAGUGCUCAUCAUGUCGGUUCGCUUUGGUGGUGCAGAGAUGAAGGAAGAGUGUGGCUCUAUCUUGCACCUUCAACACCACCAAGCCAUCACUACACAGACACCACCACCACCACUACCAUUACUGCUGUUCUUAAACGUUAAUGGUAUUCUGUAAGUAAUUUGUGUAUAUGAUAGCCUAUAAUGGGUCUUUAAUGGUGUUUUCAAGAGUACAUGGCUAGUCUGAUAAG